CAGUCUUCACUUCCUGUUCAGUGACUGCGGUGUUCAGUUUGACAAGAACACACUUUACCUCAAACAACACAUGUCUGUGUUUGAAUCGUCUAGCGCCACCAACAGGCCCAUCACGGCAGUGGCAUGGGCAUCUAAUGGCACCACCUGCCCCAGUCAUUUCACCCUGGUCAGUCUCACUGAAGAUGGCGGCUCUGCUAACUUCAGUCGGGGGUUUGGACUCAAAUCAGGAUACUUUCUGUCUUACAGUAAGGAUCUGUCUGGAGGGAUGGUCGUGGCAGAUGUGCAGCUGAUUUCUGAUAAAGAGACGAUUCCUCACGGUUACUGCUACAUCCCAGAAUACCUGGAGCCCAAGGCAUCUGUUGGGAAGAAGAAGCGUGUCUGUGUGCGGGUUGUUCCUGUGGGCAGUGUUGCAGCAGCAGUUCUAGAGCUCAAGAUGACGGCUAAGAACAAGACCGUGUUGCAGCAGUACACUUGCCUGGGGGACAUGAAUGGAUUUGUUGUCUGGUGUUUGAAGGGCCCGUUCUCCAGUCCAGUGCCUCUGGCCAAGCCUCGCAGUGUCAGUCUGGACAUGAGAACUCUCUCGCUAGAAGGAGCUGGACCACCACAGCCUCUCAAACCCAGCAACCUACCUACUGCCCUCCCAAAGGUCAGCCGUCGCCGCAGUAACCUGGAAACAAAAGGGUCAUUGGAGGGGGUGUGUGGCAGCGGUAACCAUAGUAACAUCUUUGGGAUAACAGCAAUGGAUGGAGUUCCUUUCACUCUACACCCGAAGUUUGAGUCUCAGUCAAACACAAAGGCGUCUGUAAGCUCAUUAUGUGACAUCUGGGUAAAAUCAGUGCAGGACAUUGAGAAUGAGUAUAACUACACAUUUGCUGUGGAAGAACUGGCAUCAAAGAGAAUUCCUCCAGCCGUGACAACCUCCUGAAAUAUUCUUUGUCUAAAUUAUUAGCCAUUUGAUCAGUUAUUUUUGGCUGUUUCUUUGGGAAAGUUUGUCCUGGUUUCUUUUUUCUCAUCGGUCAAACUAAUUGUGUUUUUAUUCUGGGUUGGUUAAACAUGAUUUUCUGUAUCCAAACACACAUUCGUGCGGCUGCUAUAAGCUUUCCAUGUGUUACAGCCUAAUGCUUCUUAAAGCCCCAACAGGCAAAUCAACGUGCCUGUUUAUUAGCAAUAUGUAUAUAUGUUAUUUUAUAAAUGUAAAACCAAAACAUAUCUGGUUUGGGAUUUUGAACUAUAAUUUAGUUAAGUUCACACUAAUAUUGUUUAUUUAUGUUAUAAAAAAAAGGUGGGACCAAACAUUGGUGUAUUUUCUCUGAAUUGUACUUGCUGCAUUUGAAUAUAUUUAUGUAUCAGAUCAUGUUACUAUAUAGUGCUUUGAGUUCUUUAAAUCACAUUUCUUUUUUGUGGAAAUAAGUUACAUUUUCUUAUCAGAUUUUGUCUGAAUAAAUUAAUAGAUUUCAUGGAAAUCACAUUUUAAUCCACUUUGUGUUAUUUGUCAUUUUGUACACGUUUGCAAAGUUCUUUUUUUUAUUUUUUUUUAUCUAAUUUACCAAAAGUUACACGUGCUAGACAGUAACCUAUGGGCUGAAAUAUGUGCCACCAGAAACUGAAUUUGAACCAUUUAUAUUUGAAUUUGAAUGGCUAAACUUGAAUAAUUGCAUUGAAAAACUGAAUUUGAAUCACAUCAUUUGAAAUUGUACUGUUUAAUUAAA